AUGUCUAAUAGGAGCAAGUAGAAUGCAUCAAAAGGACCAGGUAAUCCAUAAUAUUAUAAUAAGAUAAGGGAGCAUUUCCAUUAGAUCAUUUUCAUGAGUGUGACAAUGAGGCAAAAUAAUAUAAUUAAUGCAUCCAAAAACAUGAGAACAUGCCUAAGCGAUGUAGAAAAUAUUAAGUUGACUAUUUGCAAUGCAGAAUGAAUAAUGGACUUAUGGAAAAAGAAGAUUUGAGUAAAUUAGGAUUAGGACCAGAAGUAUAGUUUGAUAUUAACUUUAAGACAUCUUGGGAAUCAGAGGAAUAGGAAAAAUAAUUCUUAUUUGAUAAAAUCAAUAGAAUGAAAACCAAGGCUAUGGAAGAAGUACAAAAAAAAACAGAGUAAUCAAAACAAUAAGAGUGAUUUUAUA